AUGGCUGUUGCCACUGACAUGAUAGUUCCUCCAGCAGGACAGAAACAUGUGUCCUUUUCUGGCAGUGGUGAGACAGACAAUAAACAAAUAGGUAUUCAAAAUUUAGCUGUUCCCAUUCAAAGUACUCCAUCUGUAAGCUUUCAGCCAGAAUUUAGACCACGGACUCUAACACAUCAAUUAUCUGUUGUGCCUGAGGGGGAAGAGUUUGAGGAAAUACUUCGAGAAAUAGACAAGGAAAAAGGAAAUGAAGCUGAUGCAGAAGAGGAUGAUAAUGAUGAUGAUGAUGAAAAAACACUCAUAGAUGACCAUGAAGAUCCAGUAUUUGAAAAAAUAAAGGAAAAGGUUGAAAAAACACUUGAAAGAACAGAAUCUUCUUCAUCACUCUCUAGUGCAGCUACAGAUGAAAGUGAUGGAAAACAAAUUCUUAUAUCAGAACACUAUACUAGUAUUCCCUUUGGUAUACAGCCUAGAGCUACUUAUGAGCAUGGCAAGAAAAAUGCAGACAUUAUGGGAUUGGCAUACAACAGCAGAAUGAGACAAUUCAUCAUCCUUGAUAGCAAAGGGAUUACUUCUUGGAAACGAGACAAUGUGGAUAACAGGGUGAUGAGGAAUCUGAUGUAUCCUAAGUAUGAGUACAGACUUCUGACAUAUAUUGUCUACGCCAAAAAGUAUAACUGCUACUUUGCCUUGUCCAAAGAUUUCUCACUAAAGGUAUUGAACAGAGAUUUUGAUGAAACAUGUCAUGUUAGUGCUGGACUGAGGUCAGUGUUGUUUAUGGUCUUCAACUCAGUGACUGAUGAACUCAUCACAGGGGGUGUUGAUGGAACCAAGAUCUGGUCAUUUCGCCAAGUAGCUGGUAGUUCUUUUAUGGAGCUGAAACCCUUGGCCAACUAUGAGCUACACUUAGAGAAGACUCUGGAGAAUGUAGGUGGCAGCUGGGUAAAGAAAGUGGAACUGGAUCAUCACCUUCAACAUUUGUACUUCUGUUCUGAUACUGACCUUCAGGUCUACAAUCUCCAGGGAAAACGACUAUUUAAAUAUGAAAAGGCCCACACCAUGUCCAUCACAGGCUGUGUUUAUUCCCAGAGUGCCAAAGUCCUCAUCACUUCUUCUGUUGACUGUGAAGUGAAGGUAUGGAGCCUGAUGGGAGGUAUGGUACACUCAUUCCGUGGUCAUUCCCGAGCUGUUACCAACCUACUCCUUCAUCCUGACUCCUCCUCCCUCAUCAUUACAGCGUCUCUAGACGGAUCUAUCAGGAUGUGGUCACUUGACACUAUGGAACUCGUCUACAAUAUUACGGUGUCAUCGGACGGUGUGCUGUGGAUGGGUCUUACAGAUGACAACAUCCUGUAUGUCAGUACAUGUCGUAACAUUACACUGUGGUCACUGAAUCAGUUCUACAGUUUCUGGGCACUCAGUCGCAACCGAGUCACACGCCUUUCUUUAUCAGGUCAUGAGGGUAAAACAACCAGGGUUGUGUCCCUGGGAGAUGACAGCAGUGUUAGACUGUUCAACAGGAAGACAUCAAAGAACCUAACGACGGUGCUACCCCCACAUGUGGUGCCUGCACUGCAGUCUGUGAUGAGUAUAUGUUACAGUAGAGAGUUUGAUGUGGUAUUCCUUCUUAUAAAUCCUCAGGAGAUCUGGGUCUAUACCUCCAGGACUGACCCGAGCUGUCGUAUUGCUGUGUGGAAUGUCCAUGACCUGCAAUUGCCCUAUAUUGUUGGGUCUAAGGGAAGAGGAGAGGAGCGUGGCACAAGGACUGGUCCAAAAGGAAUACCACUCCAUCGUGCUACAGAGAACGGGACAGGGAAUGAAGUGGUGUGUGACUGUUACAGUCUGUGUGAUUUGAAUUCUUCGGCGACCAUGUGGACAGAUGAAGGCAACUGUUGUCCUAUACGACAUACCUAUCUACUACUAGGGAUGGAGGAUGGUCGGAUUCUAUUUAUGGACCCUGUGAUUCGUGGACAGAAGUACAUGGAGUUCAAGGCCAACAAAGACAAGAUCCAGAUGAUGAAACAUGAUGUUGCUCAUGAGGCGCUGAUCACCAUGUGCCAGAUGACAAACCAUGCUCUAUUCCAGAUGUGGGAUCUGCCCAACCUCACACUUAAACAUGAAGUAUGUUGUGGGCAGGAUGUCCAGCAUUUCACUCGACUGGAUUAUUCUUUCUUGACUGGUCACAAGGGCGGUGCGGUUUACUUCCACUACUUACUUCCUGUUGAGGAAUCUAUGACUUUGAAGUCGAAAGGAGACGAUGAAGAACAAGCUGCAGAUGAGAAGGAUGUGAGCAACAAUGGUAAAAAGUUGGACCAUAACAGUCCAAUCGUUGGACUGGAUGCCUCAACCUCUCUCCGCAUAUUCUGCUCUGCCAGUAUGGAUGGUGCCAUAAAGAUUUGGGAUGAAUUCUGUGUGUUGCUGACAGAGAUCACUAUGGAAGAUUCUCUCAGUUCCUUGUGCUUCCUUAAUGCUCAAUGUGACCUCCUGGUGGGCUUCCAAAACCAUAUCUACUUCAUAGAUCACACAAAAGUUUGUCCGUACUUAAAGCUGCCUAGUGACGAGGGGGACUAUGAUACAGAUACAGAGUCUGAUAUUUACGAGAAUCCUGAUGUGCUGUAUGAGGGCGGACUACAGAACACAGAUGAGCUGACCCUGGAGACCUAUCUGGUACCCUAUAAACUGAAGUUUUCACAGGACUUCCUGGAGGGAAAACUCCCUAUAGAACAGAAAGCUGGUCCGAAAGAAGAGGAUAAAGAGACAAGCGAGUCCGAGUCAGACUAUUCCUUGGCUCCCACAGACACCUACCUCUCACCGCCUGACAGUCCCAGUCGACUCUCUGAGAUUGAUCUCACCCUGGGAUCAGGCUAUACCAAAUACGACCUCCUCAAACAGAUGCAUCGCACCAUGAGGACCCUUGCCUUGAAACAAAAAGCAGAUGCUAGGAGAAAAAAAUUCCUGAAAAAAGGAAGAAAGAUAUAUCCAAAGCGAGGCAAGAAACGAGUAAACAUUAUGUUGGAUGAUGACACCCCUUUACAAUCUGAUAUUGAGGAUGGACCAAAAGAGGAGGACCCCUUCCUUUUACCCACCUUUGGGAUGUCACCUGGCCCCACCCCCCCGGGUACACCUCCUAGUAAACCUGCCACACCUGUGGACUGGGUACCACAUGUUGAGGGAACAGACGUUGUAGAAGAUAAAGCCAAACCAGAAAAGCUUGCCCCAGAGCCAGUUGUAGCAAGCCUUGAUCCUUUUGAACAUUUAGCACCUGAAGCUUCUGUAGAUUAUAUCCCCCCACAGAAUACACUGGAUAAACUUCCUGCUGAUUCUGUCCCAGAAUUCUCAAAGAAAACCAUUGACUAUGAUAUACCAAAUGUGCUGGACGCAUCUGACCGUACACCCCUAACUCUGAUACAGACAACAGCCAUUUUGGAUGAAUCUGACUCUGUCGAGUUCAAUUCUGAGUUUUUUGAUACUGAAGUGGAGCUUGCUACAGAAAAAAAUGAUAAUGUAUCUGAUAAAUCUGACAUCACUGAUAAACCUGAAGUUGGCGUUUCCUCAGAAUCUGAACAAGAACAGAUACUUGGAGAAAAACCAACAGAGGUCAAAGUUCAAUCUAUACCUGACUAUGAACUACCAGCAUUGACAUGUACAAGUAAAAUGUUGGUUUCUCGUAAAUCUCUCACUGAUGAUGAGGAUAAAGAAUUAGCUAUGGUGCUAAAUGAAAUAAAAAAGGAAAAGGGAUCAAAUCUGUUGUCCACAAUUAGACUUCCCACACCAGAGGAGGAUAUCAAAGGGAGACGACUUCGUGAGGAAGAAACUUUUACCCCAGUGGAAGACAAACGUCCCAGGCCCCAGCACCAGUAUGAGGAAGAAGAAGAGGAGAUACCAAGGCGUCGCAGCAAAUACAGCCUCGCCAAUGCCAGGGUGGAUGUCAAGGGUCUUAUGAGGCCACAGUCUAAACGAUUACCAAGACGAUUUCCUUCUCCUUCCCCUUCUAGGCGGGAGUCUGACCACUCCCACUCAACUCUAACGGAGGAGGAGUUGAAACGAUUGCAGCAGCAGGAGAGGGAGAUGAGGAAAAAGCAGAUGAUGAAGGACAGGAAACAUCCAAAAAAAGGGCAGAAGUUGACACGACAGGAGCUUAUAGAACAACAGAGACUUCAACAAGAGAUGCAGAAGAAGAAAUAUGACUUACCUGCUGGUUACAAACCCAGGGCACCUGACCAAAAGAAGGACGAUGCCAAUGAAAGCAGCUACCCGAUGGUCAUGUUCCAACAGGAGGACAUUGACAACUUCCAGGACAUGAUGUGGGACCCGGAACCUCAGGGUCCCAAACAAGUAGGCUUAAUGGGCACCAAGCUUGACCUCCCACCUGCACGCAAGCCCAUGGAACCACCAAGACCCAUCAAGCCAAUUGUAAAUCGCCCAGGGCCUCCUCCAGUGAAACCUUUAGAACAGCCACCUUCCAGUACAGAGACAACAGCAACAACAGCACAGGACAAAAGGGAGGAAACUCCGAUGCAGCUUAAUAUGCUAGAUUUGCCUACACCACAACAAUUUAAACCUCCAGAGCCGAAGCCUCCAUCACCUACUAAAGAUGUAGAAAAGCCAGAUAAUAAAGGACUUCAACAAAAAUCAGCAGAGGAAGAGAGAGACCAAGAGAACCUCUCACCUGAUGUAGAGACGGCUGUGCAGCGACGAUGGGAAAGGAGCGAGGUCAUGCCCAAGUCUGUGGCGCCCGCUCCACAGGGCACCCUCAAAAGGUUAUCCGAACAGCGCAAAUCAAGCUCCAAGCCAAUCAAAAUUAUCCUGCCGCGGGAAAAUGAUGCACCACAAGAUCCUCACACACUACAAGAAUCGCCAAUGCCAGAAAUAACAGAGGAGGACAUUGAAAAAUACAUGAAGGCCCUGGACUCUGAUCCUGAGGAGGAGGAGAUAGAGGUCUACCAUGGGGCUGUCAGAAGGAUGAGCAGAUCUAAGAGAUCUGUCAAAGAUGGAGGUGUUCUCAUGUUGGAAGAGAAAAAGAUAAUUCGCCCCUACUCCUCUGUCACACGCAGAGAUACACCAGAAGCCAAAAAAGACCCUGACCGAGUACGGCCCCAAACUGCACAAGUACAUUUCCAUGCUAAUUUGGAGCUUAUAUUAGAACUUCCUGACAACAUUGACGAUCUUCAAAAUGCGUUUGAUGACGCUUUUGACCGAUAUCAGGGCAUGCCUGGAACACCAGCAGCACUAACCAAAGACAAACUGUACAGGAAUGACAGCACUAACUUUGAGGGUAACUGGCAAGAGAGGGCAAUAGAGAGACACAUGUUGCUGCGAAUGCAGAAGGAGUUACGUUGUAAGAGUGCUGCCCAGAAACGCCAGGCCUGGGAGUCCCAGAGAGGAGGUGCCAAGAGGUCAAUGUCCAGCCGUGAAGUCAUAACAGAUGACCCUACACAGGACCAAAUGUACCAAGGAUCAAAAACAACUCGAUCAGAUACUUAUGCUGUUGCUGCCAAAAGAGAGUUAGAAAGAUUGUCCACCCUUGGAACACACAGCCCCGGCCCACCUUGGCGUUCUGUUCCUUCUCCCCCCCAGUCCAUUCCUCAGCGGCCACACACAGCUUUUGUUCCCUUUCCUGUUCCACCAACUGUCGCCAACAAGACCGAACUGAAAACAGAGAAACCUUUUAGAUUUGUGAUGGGGAAAAAUGGACCCCCACCUGUAAAGUUAACACCAAGGCGUUCUACUGUUGACUUUAACGUGGAGCCGAAAAUGAUUGACCCUCGAAACCCCAGUAGGACAUACAGACCAUCUACUAGCAGGUCAAUACCCAGCAAGUGCAGUCGAUACAUGCUGGUGUCAAGGCCAAAAGAGAAGACAAAUUUUCCCCUACCUUCACCUAUUGAAGAACAACUUCUUGCUGACAGAUUUCCUAAUUUGGGAAUGCAGGUGUAUCGUCAUCACUCAGACAUAGCUCUCCGUGCUAAGAAAGUAUCAUACUGUAUUGAGUAUUCUCCCUUUGGUAGUUGUAGAUGACCAUCAGGUCCCAUCUGUUGAUUUUCAUGUGGUUCAGCAAUCCCAUCAUGACUUCAUUAAAGUGCCUUUUCUGUGAUAUGUGGAAUUCAUGAUUGUUUUCCUUUUUAUAAGAUGAUAUAGUCAUCACUUUUGUAUAUAUCUUGCAUUGAUUUAUAAAGGAGCUUACUUAGAUGUAAAGAUUGAUCACAACUAUAAAAAGUUGGGUACUUUUGACUCAUUUGGGAAGAAGUCUGUGAUAAAUUGUACAUUUCAUUUAAGUAUUUCAUAAAAAUGUAACAACCUAUUUAAGUGUACAGUACUUUGCAAGAAUGUUACAUUCAUUUAUCAUUGUGAUGUGUGUUCAGAAUUAUGCAUUGUUCUUUAAUUUUGUAAUUGUUAAAUCAAUGUCAGAUUGUUGAAUGCUUACUAGAAAUCAAUUGCAUAGUGUGUGUGUGUUGAUUGAUAGACUCGUCAGUCUACGUUCGAAAUGUUACAACAUGGGAAAAGAAUAUGACACUUUGUAUAGAUUUCAUACCUUCUCCUUGAAAUUAUCCAUUUUUAAAAUUCAGUUAAUGUUUUAAUUUGUCUCAAGUAAAUUGUCCUUCCCUGACACUAUCUAGGAGGUUAAACAUCCGUUAAAAGAGUUCAACAACAAUUGCGUUUCCAGAGAUUUGUUCACUAAUGGGCUCUUAAGCAUUAGUUUUUCGUUGUUUACAAUGCAUGUGAAGUAUUUACAUCUGAAAACUGAAUUUGUAUAAGACACUUAAGCUUCAUUUAUUUUUUAAAAGCCCAUUGUUAAUCUUAGAGAUUUUGUAUCUGAAUAUGAACCAGUAAAAUUUCCCAAGGUAAAAAUCAAACCUUUACAUUUUUGCAAUUAUCUCGAUUUAUGAAACAUAAAUUAUGAAAUUUGAUUAUAUAAAUAUGUUUUGUGAUCUCUGAAUUAUUCAAACCUUAAACAUGAAUAUCUUUUAAAAGAUUUUUCUGUUACGAAAAGAACCUAGAGUAAACUAGUAUAUGAACAGGGUAAGAUGGUUACACCCAUUUUUGUGUGCUCUACUCUGAUAUUUCUGUGUAUGGGCAUGGUGUGUGUUUGUAUGGUUUUGUUCUCAUUGUUUUUACAGAGAAUCUAUUUUUACAAUAUAUAUUUACAUUUUCUUUUACAGAAUUAUUUCCUUGUCUAGUAAACAAUGCUAUUUCCACAAUAUUGCUAGUACACAUGUGUAACUAUAUAUUGAAUUAUUGACCUGCCUGAUGUUCUGUUCCAAUAGGCUGAGAGUAUGUAAAUGUUACAUGAGCACAUGUGUUUGCAAGUCAUUUUAUAUAUAUAUAUCUCUAUAAAAAUGCCAUUUUUCUAAUUUACACAACACACUGUGAUAUUCUCCUUUAUUAAACAAUACCAGCAUUAAUUAUAAAACAAUUGUCAUUUAAAUAUGUUAAGUGUUUUAUGUGGAGGUUCCUCAAUAUGAACAAUUUAUAUUCACCUUGAUGCCAAACCAGUGAUGAUUCUCCUAUAUCUAUUUAUUGUUAUUUAUACACAUGCAGUACAACCAAAGCCAUAAGAUUUGUAGAUUUAAAUGUAGCUGUAACACUUUCUCAGGUCUUAAAUGAAGCUGAUUUGAAGUUUUCCAUGAAAUCGUAAUUUAUAAAACAGAUUCACCAAAUUUAUUGUGGUAUUAUGAAGUUAACGACAAGACGUCUAUCAUUAAUGAAGAAAAUACAUAUGAAUUUGUCUAGUCAUUUAAAUCUACGCAAACAUCAAAAAAUAUAAAUCGAAAUGAUGCAAGAAGAUAAAUUUUUGUGUUGUCUGUAUCUCACAUCAAAUCUAGCAUACAUAACAAUCAACCUAUGAUAAAACUAGUGUUAUGUUUACAACACAAUCACUUUGCAAAAUCCUACAUAAUGUGGUUUAUUUCAAUAUCUGUGCAAGGUUUUGUUGGUGACAAAAAAUGCACAAUCUUUUUGUUGCAUGCAAGUUUGUAAAAAAAAUGCUGUACAUGAUCAGAGUGAUCAAAUAGCUUUGUAUAUUUUUUUUUAUUUAUUUAUUAGAAAGUGUAAACUUCAUUUUAAGAACUGUGUAAAUUGGAAAGUUUUAUCUUGGUCCAGUGUGCUGAUGUUUGUUGCAGUGCAGUAUUCCUUAUAAAUGUUUUGGCGAUUUACUGUAUGUAUCCCACAGUGUCAGAGAAAUAUUUCCCUCGGAUGUUCCGUACAUGUAGAAAUAAACAAAGAAAUAAAAAACAUCAAACUUC